AUGGGCAUGGCCAUUGCCACUGUUGUUAUUCUCCCUUUCGGCUUGAUUUUCAUUAUCUCUGGCCUCACUGUCAACUUCUUUCAGGCUCUUCUCUUUGUUCUAGUGCGUCCAAUUUCAAAGUGGAUAUACAGAAGGAUCAACAAAGAAGUAACGGAGUUAUUAUGGUUGCAGUUUGUUUGGCUAUUUCACUGGUGGGCAAAUAUUAAGGUUAAGCUGUACAUAGACCCAGAAACUUAUGAAUUACUGGGUAAAGAGAACGCGGUUGUUAUUUCUAACCACAGAAGUGACAUUGAUUGGCUUGUUAAACUUAUCCUCGCUCAGCGAGCUGGUUGCUCGGGGAACGCUCUAGCUCUAGCAAAGAAACUGUUAUUUUAUAUCCCAAUUUUGGGAUGGGCGAUGUGGUUUGCUGGUUUUAUUGUCAUUGAAGGGAACUGGGCAAAGGAUGAAAGAAAUCUGCAGUCAGGUUUCGAAGAGCUAAACGAUUUCCAACAACCGUUUUGGUUGGUGGUUUUCUUGGAAGGCACUUGCUUUACCCGGGAAAAUCUUUUAGAAGCGCAAGAAUAUGCUGCUUCAGCUGGAUUGCCAGUCCCGAAAAACGUUUUGAUUCCUCGUACCAAGGGCUUUGUUUCAACAGUAAGCCAUUUACGCUCAUUAGUCCCUGCAAUUUACGACCUGACAGUAGCCAUUCCAAAAUCUGAGGAGCAGCCAACAAUGUUAAGAAUCUUCCAAAGGCGUUCUUCUGUGGUUCAUGUCCACAUUCAACGCCAUUUGAUGCAGGAUUUGCCUGAAUCAGGGAGUGGCAUAUCACAGUGGUGCAAAGAUGUUUUCGUGAAAAAAGAUGCGCUGUUGGAGCAACAUCUCGCCAUAGGCAAAUUCACCGACAAAGAAUGCCAUGACAUUGCCAGACCAAGAAAAUCCGUGCUGGUUUCCGUGGUUUGGGCCUGUCUGGUUCUUCUCGGCAUCGUGGAGUUCUUCGUAUGGUGCCCGUUGUCGUGGGGAGAGGCUUCGCUCUGUGCGGUUUUCUUGGUCGUCACCAUGAUUUUUAUGCUCGUUGUCAUCUUAACAUCGCAAUCGGAACAUUCCUCCACUUUCAAAGCUGCAUUCAAGCGCAACAAUAAUGGACUCCAGGAGGGUCUUCUUCCAAGAUGACAGUAGAAACAUUGGAGGGUUUAUGU